CCCAAACCCCAGUUCUCAUAGCAACGUCAUUCUUGCCAACUAAUUAAGGGAGGAGCUGAGAUCUGAAAGCAAAGCUCAAGCUGCAGUACAUGUCCGAGGAAGCGUAUCGCGAUGGAUAGGGUGCUCAAAGCUGCAAGAAGCUCCGGUUCUCUCAACCUAUCAAAUCGCUCCCUCAGGGAUGUGCCCAAUGAGGUGUACCAGAAUCUGAAUGCAGUUGGAGGGGAUGAAAAGUGGUGGGAGGCUGUGGAGCUGCAAAAGCUUAUUUUGGCUCAUAAUAGUAUCGAAUCAUUGAAAGAAGACCUUAGGAAUUUACCUCAACUGAUUGUAUUGAAUGUUAGCCACAAUAGACUUUCCAAACUUCCAGCUGCGAUAGGAGAGCUUCCUAUGCUAAAAUCAUUAGACGUGUCCUUCAACUCAAUACUAAAAGUACCUGAGGAAAUUGGAUCAGCAACUUCUCUUGUCAAGUUUGAUUGUUCUUCCAAUCAGCUUAAGGAACUUCCAAGCUCCAUUGGACGAUGUUUAGAGUUAUCUGAUUUGAAGGCAUCAAACAAUGUUAUUACCAGCUUGCCGGAAGAUCUAGCAAACUGUUCAAAAUUGACAAAACUAGAUGUGGAGGGAAACAAGCUAACUAUGCUAUCCGAGAAUUUGAUUUCAUCGUGGACCCUGCUUAAUGAACUCAAUGCAUCAAAAAAUUUAUUGGGUGGUAUACCAGAGAACAUUGGGAAUCUUUCACGUCUCAUUCGUCUUGACCUUCACCAGAACAGAAUUUCAUCAAUCCCACCAUCAAUAAUGGGUUGCUCUUCUCUUGUGGAGUUCUAUAUGGGGAAUAACACACUGUCUUCAUUACCGGCGGAGAUUGGGGUGCUUUCGCAUUUAGGGACUUUUGAUCUUCACUCAAACCAGUUGAAGGAAUAUCCAGUGGAGGCGUGCAAAUUGCGUCUUUCAGUCCUGGAUCUUUCAAAUAAUUCAUUGACUGGAUUGCCCCCUGAAAUGGGCAAGAUGACUACCCUACGAAAACUUUUGCUUACUGGCAAUCCUUUGCGAACUCUUCGAAGUUCAUUGGUUUCUGGACCAACAACUGGAUUACUGAAGUAUCUUCAAAGUAGACUUUCUGAAGGUGAAGGUUCCGAAACUACAACAACAACAAAAGGGGAUGUAGUUGCCAUGGCAGCUAGAUUGUCUAUCACUUCAAAGGAACUUUCUUUGGAAGGGCUUGGUUUGAGUGCUAUUCCAUCAGAAGUAUGGGAAUCGGGUGAUGUUAUAAAAGUAGAUCUUUCUAGGAAUGCCAUCCAAGAGCUGCCGGUUGAACUUUCCUCAUGUGUUUCUCUCCAGACUCUGAUUUUAUCCAGGAACCAGAUUAAAGACUGGCCAGGUUCAAUUUUAAAGUCACUUCCUAAUCUUUCGUGUUUGAAGCUGGACAAUAAUCCACUCAGACAGAUUCCAUCUGUUGGAUUUCAAGCAGUCUCUAGGGUUCGGGUUCUGGAUCUGAGUGGUAAUGCUGCUUCAUUACCAGAGCAUCCAGUAUUUUCCAGCAUUCCUCAUCUGCAAGAGCUUUACCUGAGAAGAAUGCAACUAUGUGAAGUCCCAUUAGAUAUAUGUAGCUUACAGCAACUGCGGAUCCUUGACUUGAGCCAAAAUUCCCUUCAAUCAAUUCCAAGGGGGUUCCAAAAUCUUACUUCUCUUACUGAGCUUGACCUAUCUGACAACAACAUCUCAGUGCUUCCCCCCGAGCUGGGUGUACUUGAACCGAGCCUACAGGCAUUGAGACUUGACGGAAAUUCAUUGAGAAGCAUCCGGAGGUCAAUUUUAGACCGAGGAACCAAAGCUGUUCUGAACUAUUUGAAAGAUAGAAUUCCAGAGUAGUAGUUUGUUCACAUGAUUCUCCUUCUCUUGGCUGCGGUAAAUUUUCACUCCUUUUCUACGGUUCUGGUUUGAAAGCUUGAUGUUAAAGACUACAUUGUUGUACAUCUCUUGAGUGUGAUAAUUUGUAUAAUGCACGACUAUCGUUUAUCAAUGUACUUCUGGGUUA